UUUAAGAUCGGACUUGCGCGAGGCGGCUGGGCGGUACGCACGCUCGCUCGCAUCAGAGGAUAGACGUGAUAUAGCUGAUUAGCGGGACGUGCGCGCUUCUCCGUGGCUGUAAAUCAUCGUAGGAGAUUAGCCAGAGUCUCUUCCCCGGCUAGACUUCCGGCAGCUGCGAGAUAUAAGCCGGGCCGGGUGAGCCGUUGUGUGACUGCGAGAGCAUCUCUGGAUACGUUCGAGGGAUAUAAUUUAUAACGCACGCACGGGCGCGCGCGCACCGAGAAAGUACUUAAAGUGCUUUAACGUUAAGAUGCCGGCCGAUAACAUGAUGGAGAAACCCACGGCGUCUCCGGUGGCCGGUGCACCGGCCAGCGGAUCCCACACCCCGGACAAACCCAAAAACGCCAGCGAGCACAGAAAGUCUUCCAAGCCGAUCAUGGAGAAACGCCGCCGGGCGAGGAUCAAUGAAAGUCUGGGGCAGCUCAAAACCCUUAUUCUGGACGCGCUGAAAAAGGAUAGCUCGAGACACUCGAAGCUGGAGAAGGCGGAUAUUUUGGAGAUGACGGUGAAGCACCUGAGGAACUUGCAGCGCGUGCAGAUGACUGGGGCCCUGGCGUCCGACACUGCGGUCCUCAGUAAAUACCGCGCGGGGUUCAACGAGUGCAUGAACGAGGUGACCCGCUUCUUGUCCACCUGCGAAGGGGUGAAUGCAGAGGUCAGGUCCCGGCUCCUCGGCCACCUGUCGGCGUGCAUGGGGCAAAUGAUGGCCCUCAGCUACCCGCAGGCGUCCCCCGCUCAGCAACAUCCGCAUCAGCAUCCGCAUCAGCAUCAGCAUCAGCAGCCCCACGUUGCGCAGCCCCUGCACGUGCAGCUGCCCCCCGUCUCCGUGCCUUGCAAAAUGAGCCCCUCCGAGGCAGCUUCCCCCAAGGUGUACGGGGGCUUCCAGCUCGUGCACGCCAGCGACGGACAGUUUGCCUUCCUCAUCCCGAAUCCCGCCUUCGCGCCCGCGUCCACGCCCCUCAUCCCGCUGUACGCGCACGCUGUGAACGGCAGCCCCGUCCGGUCGGGCUCGGCGCCUUCGGGGACCCCCCCGGUGCAGGGAAUGACCUCGUUCCCCGGAGCGCCCAAGGCCGGGAGCAGGACCGCUGUGACUGUGAGCGCGGAGUCGGACAGCAGCGAGUCCGUGUGGAGGCCCUGGUGAUCCAGAGACAUGGUGGUGCUGGACGCAGAGGACAAAGUGGGACGAGCAGGGACACGUCGUGUUCCGUUUUAAGGAACGCGCGCUGCUCGUGUCCUGAACUGUGAUACAAUAUUUAUUGGCGGAUUCCACACUUUUGGGAUGUUGGUGAUAAAUAUGUUUAUCGUUAGUUAAGAAUGUUAAUAGUAAAUCAUGUUAAUUUUUCAUUAAAAAAAAAAAUAUAGUUUUAUAUAAACAUUUCAACAACUGUCACAUGCCAAAGUUAUGUUUAUUGCUAGCUUGUUCACAAAACUCCUCAAAGUUUUGGGGGGGGGGGAAAAAACGAAAUAAAAAGUUGUAACACG